AGGAAUAGCAAAUCGGCCGGUGGUCUCAAGCUGCUAUAUUUUGACUAUAUCAUAAUUUGAAACCAGUCAGUCGACUUGAUAUCUCUUAAUAUCCCGUUUUAAAAACACGAAUACAUGUUACCCCACCGAUGAAAUUGGACUAAGGUUUUACACAUUUCAUCAGUCAAAUUCUCAACCCUAAUUACAAAGUUAUACAAAGAAAUCAAAGUCUUAUCUAAGCCCCUUUGUAGCAUAACUUCAUUGAAUAUGUAAGAAUAACAGAGCAGUGGUUUGUAAAGCUAGACCAUAUGAAGGUAAACACAUGUAUAUGUUACCUUUCUAGUUUACAUUUAUCGCUGCUGCUCUCUCCACGCCAGGUAUCGAGAAGAACAAGACCCACCCGAGCCGCUACAGCGAGAGUCUGGUGGGGGAGGGCGGGCCCGGGGCUUAUUUUAACGACUACUGCAACUGGCGGAGCAUCCCGGAGUUUCAGGACUUUGUAUACAACAGCCCUGCUGCGCACAUAGCCGCCCAGCUCAUGGACUCACAGACGGCCAUUUUCUACCACGAGCACGUCCUGACGAAGGAUCCGGGGACGUACAAGACCACGCCCUGGCACCACGACCAGUCCUACUAUCCCGUGGACGGUGACAAGGUGUGUUCUAUAUGGAUGCCCGUUGACCCCGUUCCCAUGGAGACGUGUGUGCAGUUCGUGCGCGGGUCGCAAGGGUGGGGCUGGUUCUACCCCAGGAAGUUCGCCACCACGCUCAACUACAGUCUGACGGGGGCCGACACAGGCAGCAAGACUUUCCGGGAUGUCCCGGAUAUAGACGGGGACAGGGAAAAGUACGAUAUCCUCACCUGGGACGUGCAGCCCGGAGACUGUAUCGUGUUCCACAUGAAGACCCUACACGGCGCGCCCGCCAACCCGUCCCUGUCUCUGCGCAGGCGCGUGGUCUCCACACGGUGGGUGGGAGAUGACGCAGUGCUGGCCGAGAGGCCCUGGGAAGUCUCUCCGCCAAUCACAGGGGGUCUUACAUUCGGCGACAAGAUGGCGUGCGACACCUUCCCGCUCAUCUGGAAGCGAGACUGAGACUGACAAACUUUCUAUCAAUACGUCAUCUCCAAGCAGAUGUUGGAAGUAAUGCCGUCAGUCCAUACUUUUUAGCGCAACAAUUGAUGAG